UUUUCUUUCUCUUUCAAUUCCCUCCUAUCAUGUGUGUAUAUAAAUCCCCUUGUACACGUUUAUGAUUUAUCCCAUGUGUCCAAAUUAGAACCAAAUCCAAACCUUUCCUUUUUCAAUAUUUCCCCCAAAAUUCGAAUGCAUGGCUGCUGAAGACGCCUCCAUCCCACCGCCUCCCGCCGCCGCCUCCCCAAGGUCCGGCCGCCACCCCAGCUACCGCGGCAUCCGGUGCCGGAGCGGGAAAUGGGUGUCGGAGAUCCGGAAGCCGCGCCAGACCGCACGCAUUUGGCUCGGGACCUACGCCACCCCCGAGAUGGCGGCGGCCGCCUACGACGUGGCCGCCCUCGCCCUCCGAGGCCCGGAAGCCGCGGUCAACUUCCCCGGCCUCGCCCCCACGUACCCGAUGCCGGCCUCCUUCUCGGACGAGGACAUACGGGCGGCUGCUUCCGCAGCCGCCUCCGCCAUCGGCCCGCGGAACAACGGCCCCGGCCCGGAUAGGGCAGCCGGGGCCGCUCAGCCCUUGGCAGCGUCGUCGUCGAGCAGUCAUGAGUUUGUGGACGAGGAAGCACUAUUUGGCAUGCCAAAGCUGCUCGACGACAUGGCCCAGGGAAUGCUUGUCAGUCCUCCGCGGGGAAAGGCCCCCGCGGAGGACGAGGGGUCGGCAGAGGAUUACUCCAGAAACGACAGUCUUUGGAGCUACCCCUAACCUUGGUACUAUAUUAUAGUAUUAUAAUAUAUUAUAUAUGUGUGCAUAGUUGGAUCCGGAGCAGGCAGUUGGGCCGCCGCCGGCUCUGAAUUUUCCGCCGCUGCCGUCUCUGAAAUUUUCCUCACACAGCCGCAUUAAACUGUGGCUUGGGUAGGGGCCUACUUUAUAUGAAUAAGAGCUGAGGAAAUGUUAAAUUUGAGUGAAUAUUACGGAAAAAUUAUGUAUUACUGUUGGAAGCUGUUUGCAGCAGAGCUACAUAAUGCUGUUUUUAGCAAUAUAAGUAUAUGACAUUAUUAAGUAA